AUGUCUGUACCGAAAUUUUACACUUUGUCCAACGGAGUCAAGAUCCCAAGUCUAGCACUUGGUACUUAUGAUUUACCAAAAAGUACCACUGCGAAUAUUGUAUAUGAAGCUUUAAAGUGCGGCUAUAGACAUUUUGAUACUGCUGUGCUGUAUAACAACGAGAGGAAAGUUGGUGAAGGUAUUUACCAAUGGUUGCAAGAAGAUCCCAAGAACAAUAAGCGUGAAGAUGUUUUUUACACUACUAAAUUGUGGAAUAGCCAGAACGGCUACCAACCAGCUAAGCAAGCCAUUAAAGAAUGUUUGCAAAAGGUCGAAAAGUUGGGUUACAUUGACCUCUUGCUAAUACAUUCUCCAUUAAGCGGUUCAAGGAAGAGAUUGGAGACUUAUAAGGCAAUGCAGGAAGCUGUUGAUGAAGGUAUUGUCAAAUCGAUCGGUGUAUCGAACUAUGGUCAACAUCAUCUCGAAGAGCUUUUGAGCUGGGAAGGAUUGAAAUACAAACCUGUGGUUAACCAAAUAGAAAUUUCACCUUGGUGCAUGAGACAGGAGUUGGCGCAAUGGUGUCAAAGUCAAGGAAUUGUGGUUGAGGAUUACGCGCCUUUGACUCAUGGGUAUAAAUUAAAGGAUCCACAAUUGGUCAAGGUCGCUGAGGAAGUGGGAAAGAAUACCGGGCAGGUUUUAAUCAGAUGGUCUCUACAGCACGGUUACUUGCCUCUACCAAAGACGAGUAACGUAGAUAGAUUGCCUGGUAACCUUGAUGUCUAUGACUUUAAGUUGACCGAGUCGCAGAUCAAGGCCUUUGAGCAUCCAGAAGCACAUGAACCAACUGAUUGGGAAUGUACUGAUGCCCCAUAA